AUGAUCGACAGCGCUGCACCAGAUGUAAUGGCUGCUUUGGAAGCGGCCAUUCACACGGCCGCUGAGGUCGCCUCGCAAACGCCGGCAUCCGUUGCCGCACGUUCCCCUUUACGCUCGACUUCGGUCGCACACGCCGAGCUGUCAGCUUCCGUCAUGCGUCAACGUGCAUGUGUCGCGUAUCUGCGUGAAACUUCCGCUUUCGCUUCUUUGAUAAGCGUGGCGAUCCGUGAUUUCCAGAAUAUGCUUGCAUCCAAAACACUGAGUGAUGUGACAGAAGCCAUCGAUUUUUUCGUGGCCGCCAAACAUGCUGGUGUGGCUGGUCUGGGUGCAGGCAUCCAACAAAUCUUUGUACAGAUUUGGUCACAAGAGGAGACAAUUCGCAAAGCUGUAGUGGAGGCUUUCCGCAAAUUGUAUCUUCAACUGGACCCGGAUGAACCGAUCGGUCCAAAUGCUGAACUAACCUCCGAAAUUGCCGAUACGAUCGCGAGCAAUUUGAGUCAGUUUAUUCGCGAUGCGAAUUUGGGUAGCCUUGUCAGUGUGGAACGAAUUAUACAGUAUUUGAUAAACACAGAUCAAAUGAAUAGACAACUAUACGCGCAUUUUUGGCUCCGUUUCAUCCAUUCUUCCACCCAGCCUUCUGUACAAAAUUCUGAAGACGCCAAAUCGAUGCUACUUGUUUUGAAAAUGAUGGCCAAAUCAGACGCGAAAGAAUUUGAUAAGCAUCUUGAAACUCUCAUUCAGUACGGUUUGCAGUCUUCUAUUGAGGCGUCCAAGGUCGAUUUGGAACGAGUGAAGUUCACCUGUGAAAUACUCCUCCGAAUGGUUCCCAGAGCAAAACCUAAUGGAUAUGGUCUAACCACUCAACAAGAGAUCUAUCAGGGUCCUCGACCAAAGCUUUUAGUUCUUGCGAAAAGGGAAUCGCAGAACAGUGGUUCAGGUCAAUUGGAGACUCUUUGA